AUGAGAUUUGCACUUAAAUGCAAGCAAUGCCAAUUUGUGCAGAUGUGUAUAUUCUGUUUCCCAACUUCUUCAAUCAUUCCACUACAUGAUCAUCCUGGGAUGAAUGUAUUCAGUAAACUUCUAUAUGGCUCUUUGCAUGUGAAAGCUUAUGACUGGGUUGAGCCUCCCUACAUCAUAGAAAGUAAAGGACCAGGAUAUCCUCAAGUUAGACUAGCAAAGUUAGCAGUUGAUAAGGUGUUGAAUGCACCGUGUGAAACAUCAGUCUUAUAUCCCAAACACGGUGGAAAUCUGCACUGUUUUACAGCAGUAUCCCCUUGUGCCAUGCUAGACAUUCUCACUCCUCCUUAUAGAGAAGAAGAAGGCAGGAAGUGUACUUACUAUCAUGACUAUCCUUAUUCAGCAUUCUCAGCUGGAAAUCCACCUGUAUGUGAUGGGGAAGAGGAGGAAUAUGCUUGGCUCGCAGAGUUAGAAUCACCCAGUGAUCUCUAUAUGCGCCAGGGAAUAUAUGCUGGUCCAGCUAUUCAGCUCUAG